CUCAGAGCAUCACUGUCCAAAUAUCCCGUCAGCCGUGCACACCGCCUCGGACUUUCUCUGGGAUACGGUGGUACCACAUACUCCCUGCAUCCUAGCACCCACCAGGCUGCUGCUGCUGCUGCUGCUGCUGCUGCUCUUUAAACAACUCGGAUUGAUUUAAGGCUUAUUAUUUAACCUCAGUCGGGUCGAUGUAUAUAGACGCGUUCAAACGGAUCCUCUAUGAAAGGCUGAACUGCUUGAAAAGAAUGUGUGUGUGUCAGCGCCAAGGGAGCUCCUUCGCCAUGUCUAAGACGGCGGUGAAGAAGCUGCACUGGCGGUCCAAGGUGCAAGACAGCUUCGUCCCGUUGCUGGGCUCACCGGGGGACCUGGGGAUCGCCAUUGGUGGAGGAGCGGAUUAUGGAGAGUUUCCUUUCGUCACGUCGGCUCCGGGGGGCGGACUCACAGUGGGUGAUGUCAUCCUAGAGAUUGGGGGAACACCAGUAUUAGGGAUGACAUUGGGAGAUGUCCGUGGCGUCCUCAACUCCUGCCCCCAUCCGAUCCGCAUCAAGACUGUGUCACCAGGCGCCACAUUGUGCAAGGAUCUCAGGAUGUAUCUGAGCAGGUGUUUCACCCCCGGCUCAGUGGACAGCCAACUUCAGCAGGUCAUCCGAGAGAACCUCUACCUCCGCGCUGUACCCUGUACGACCAGACCGCCCAGAGAGGGGGAAAUCUCAGGCGUGAACUACAACUUUGUCUCCAUUGAGGAGUUCUUCUCCCUGGAGGAGUCAGGAGCGCUGCUUGAGAGCGGAAAGUUCAAAGGGAAUUACUACGGCACACCUCGGCCCGUUCACGUCAGCGCAGAGAGCCCCCCCAUCACCUACCAGGAACACCGCAACCUGCUCAGAAACUUCCGCACACGCAGCAAAUCGCUCAGCAACCUCGAGAAGCCUGCAGAGGACGGCGAAAACAGCGAGGACGACUCGGGGCUGUCAGGAGGCUCCGCAGGUGUCAACAGCAGCGUCCCUGCUAGCCAUCGGUCCCCAGGGCGGCCCCGGGCCUCCAGCAGCGGGGAGGCUCGUGCCAUGGAGAACGGCAUCAUCGGCAGCAGAAGUGGAGCCAGGGUGAGGGGUGUGAUGCCUGAUCACUGGGAGCAGGCUUUCAGUGACCCCGGCGAGUCUCACUACAUAGAUCACAACCCAAACAGGACCAAGUGGCAGAGUCCUCGAGCCUCAAGCAGGGAGACUGUCUACAAAAAUGAAUGGUUCACGGACCAGCCCGGGGAGCUCAGGGGUUUCCCUGUGCACACACACUUGACCAAGGGCUCCAGGGGGUUUGGUUUCAAUAUCGUCGGGGGCAGCAGGCCAAGAGAGUUCCUCCAGGUCUACAGUGUGACUGCAAGUGGUCCCUCAGCACUCAAGACAGCGGACAUCAUGGUGUACAUCAAUGACUUCUGUGUGUUGGGGGUGUCUCACAAAGAGGUGGUAGAGAUGCUCAAGUCUGUGCCUGUGGGCCACGCUGUGGAUGUAGAGGUUAGAAGAGGGUAUCCCAUGCUCUACAACCCUGACGGUUGUCCCAAGCAGCCCCCGCCAAGGCUACUGGAUAGCGGGGAACCCAUCCUACCACCCACCACCACCCAGCCGCGGCCUCUGCACCAACUACCUCGUCUCCCGACACCCACUCCCAGCACCCAGCACUUUGACUACAAUGGGCUCCACAUUGACGGGAGGUACACGGAACCAGGGCCGACCCUGGACGCUAAUGGAAAUGCUAUGUCGUUCACAACCAGACAGCCGUUCUCGUACAGACGCUCCAGUAUGAGCAACGCUACCUCUCCCCCGCCCGUGCGUCCUCCUCGUUCACUGAGAAGUUUAGCCCGGCUGCAGUCGUUCGACCCAACGCUCGCCAGCCAGAGUGACAGUGAAGUUGUUUCUGCCAUUGGUUCCCACAGGGCAUCAGUUAUCCGUAAUCACAACAAUAACUCCCUCUCAACGCCCCCUCAUCCUCACUGUUACGGCCCAUCCAAGUCGUCUGAGAGUGACCUGUCCACCUGCACCCUCUCGGGGUCCCGGCUGCCCCUGCCUCAGUCACCGAGGAGGCCCUCGUCCUCCCCCGGCGGGCCCCACAGCGCUCACUCCCGCCUCUUCAGACCGCAGACCUCGCAUCUCAGACCUCCUCCCGCCCCUGACAGCCCACGCCAUUACCGUGGCUUUAACGGUUUCCAUGGCAACACCAGCCCCACUGCAAGCCACAGCAGCAUGUCCUCUCCUGGGGCAAUGAGUGUGGGCAGUGCAGUCGGCAGUUUGAGCGGAGGGGAGCUGGUGCCAGUGGCCUUGGGCAAGACCGAAGGAGACCGAGGACUUGGCUUCAGCGUGGCGGCUGGCGGUCCAGGAGGCCGACUGACUAUAGUGAAAAGAGUCUGGGACAGGAAGCAGUGCAACUUCCUGCAGCCAGGGGAUGCUAUUGUCAAAAUCAACGGAGCAGAUGUCCAGAGUCUUAGUUUUACCCAGGUUCAGACAGUUCUCCAGGAACACACCAAACAGGCAGAAGUCAUCUUGUUGAUUUACCGAGGAGGCAUCUAUCACUCGACCAUCUCCCCCGGCUCCACCCGGAGACUCCCCCCGCCUCUACUCCACCCCCCUCCUCCACCUGUUGGUUCAGACAUCUCCUCCUUGUGCCCAGAACCACUGCCUAAGCCCCGCAGCUCCGUCAGCAACCCUGCCUCCCCAGCCCUGAAGCGCUCCUCUCUGAUCCAGAGCACCAGUUUUUUGGAGUCGAUUCCAGUGACCCUGACCAUGGAACCCAAAGACUGGAUCAACACGGGCCUUGAGGACGAGGCGGGCGGCGUCCCAGUUCCUGACUCCGGUCUGGAGAGGCAGGGUGGGGUCCGAACUUGGCCGCUCAGAGGGUUUGAUGUGGAGCUGAGGAGAAAGCCAGGAGAGGGCUUUGGGUUCGUCAUUGCCUCUCAGGAUGUGGAGAAUGGCAAAGCUGCUUCACUUCUCCCUCACCGGUUUGUGACGGUACGUCGAGGCAGCCCGGCGGCCAAGAGUGGUCAGAUUCGGCCUGGAGACCGGUUAGAGGCAGUAGAGGGACGCUCGGUGGUGACUCUGCCUCAUCGGGAACUUGCUCAGAUCCUUCGUCGAGCGGGAAACACUCUGCGCCUCACCAUUGUCCCCCGACCUAGCACCUAUUCUUCAAGCCUUUCAGAAACCACUGAGUAUGACCCCGCUAACAGAGGCAGAAAGGGUCAGAAGUUGCGUCCAAAGCGUGACUCCAGGUAUUACAGUGUAGACCUGGACCGUGGCCACUCAGGCUUCGGAUUCAGCCUUAGAGGGGGCAGCGAGUACAACAUGGGUCUUUAUGUCCUGGGACUGAUGGAGGGGGGGCCAGCCUCCCGGAGCCUAAAAAUGCAGGUGAGUGAUCAGCUUGUGGAGAUCAAUGGGGACAGUACAGCAGGGAUGACCCACAGCCAGGCGGUGGAGCAGAUCCGCAGAGGGGGCCACCGCAUCCACCUGGUCCUCAAGAGAGGAAACGGCUAUGUGCCUGACUAUGGCCGUGAGCAGAGAAUCGCCCCCCCCUCCCUCCUGCAUCACCCCGAGGAGCAGGGUUUGGCUGCAGUAGACUCCACCGGGCGGAAGGGGCACAGCUCCAAGCAGAAGAGGAGAAGCAGAUCUUUAAAUGGACGUGAGAUGGAGAAAGGGACAGGAAAGAGCAGAAGAAGACGGGGCUCAGAGGGAGGAGGACACCCGGCUUUACAAAGCGCUAUCUCUGAGCGGGAAGAGACAUCUCGGGAAGCCAGGGACAAGAGGAGGAGGAGGAGGAGGAGGAGGAGAAAGAAGGAGUCCCAGAGUUUACCCAGAGAUGCCCUCAGGAGUUAUGAGGAUAGUGACACAGAAAGAGGGACAGUGAGGGGAGAGAAAUGGGAGAGGGAGAGAGGGAGGAGCAAAAGCAGAGAAAGUCAAAGUGAGGAGAGGGUGAGGAAGGCAGAGGGUAAAGAGCCUGAGGAGAAGGAGGAAGAGCAUGAGUUGCCUGCUGUUGAGCAAAAGGUGGAGGAAGUAGAGGAGAGUGAUGAUGAUGUUUUCUUACCCAUGCCAAGCCCUAAACAAAAGCUACCCACACCCAAACAAAACUGGGAGUUGAUGUAUGAUGAAAACCAGGACAUGGCAGCAGCGUACUGGGAUCAGGAGAGGCCGUGGGGGGAUGACGGGAGAAGCAGUAGAGAGCCGGGGCUGAAUGAGGGUCAGAAAGACGACGGUGCACAAAGCUGGCGUGUCGAGAGGCCUUUACGCAGCGCUGCUGCGACACAUCCGGCGUCACAGAGAAAGCACUUCUCCUUCCUCGCCUCCGAACUGUCCGCAGAGCAGCUGGACGAUGAUGAGUUGGAGUCAGGAGGCAGUGAUUCUGACAACAGCGCGUCAGCUGCCAGCAUCUCAGGCCUCUCUCUGGCCGCCACAGAAGCUGGCGGGCCCAGGGGAAAGGUGCUCCCGGGCCCUUGGCUCACACCCAGCCAGCAGAGGCUUGCUCAGGUCGUGGAGGGGAACAGGCGCCCCGGGAGGCGGACAGGGCAGGGAGAAGGGAGAAGCGCUGUCUCGUGACUUUUAACUGGAAGUAGAGCGUGCAGCAGCUGUACGACACAGGAUCAGAUUCUGUCAGUCUCACACUGUUAGACCUCGACUUGUUUUUCCGCAGCUACCCACACUACCAACAUCUUCUCUCAGUCACUUCGAUAUCUACAGUAUGAAGUCAUAUUCUUUGUGCCUUUUUAGAGCGGACCUCUGGCUGAUGUUAAAUGUCAAUAUCACAACGUGUGAAUGACACCGACAUGGUCAAGUUAUAUGUGUUUUUCUGAGGCACCGGUGCCCUCACUA